AUGUCGACAACGGCUACUGUCGUUUAUUCACGCAUGGAUGAUCUAGAGAUUCGCUUGGAUAUUGAUUUUCCAUUAAAGGAAGAGUUUACUGAUUCGACUAUCCCUGCUUUGAUCUUCUUUCAUGGUGGUGGAUUGAUUGCAGGCAACAGACAAUCAUUUAUUCCAAUGCAAUUAAAGCGAGAUAUUUUAGCUAUUGGUUGGGCUUUUAUUUCUGCUGAUUAUCGGCUAUUAAUUCCAUGUACUGGUCAUGAUAUUCUCGCUGAUGUUAAGAGUUUGUUCAAUUAUCUUUCAUCAGACCAACUGAACAAAGAUUUGAACGAUGUAUCAUAUCGCAUUGAUCCUUCUCGUCUUGCUGUAGCUGGAGCCAGUGGAGGUGCCUAUGUCGCUUAUCUUGCUGCUGUUAAUGCCAUACCUAAACCCAAAGCCGUCUUUAGUCUCUAUGGAUUAGGUGGUCAUCUUAUUUCUCCCUUUUAUUAUUCUGUCAAAUCGCCGAUGACAAUUAAUGUUGCCGAUUAUCAGCUCUACCUCAAUUCAAUUGACGGAAAGAGCGAUUUUCUUCGUCCACUCAGUGAUGUUCCUCUCGCUUGGCCGAUUCCUGAAGAUGGUGAAAAGGCUCGGACGACUGGUGCUCUCGCUCAAGUAUUUAUUGAAACAGGCACCUUACUCGAUUACCUCACCGGUAUUCGUGGCCUUUCGGAGAUCCUUCGUUCGACGUCAGCAUCUGAGCAAGAUGCACGAAAAAAAAUUCCCAAGGAAGCACAAUGUCUUUUUCCUGAACUUGAUGUCGCGGCUUUUCCUCCAACUUAUCUCGUUCAUGGAACAGCAGAUCAAGCAGCACCUGCCGACAAUUCCACGUUUCUUGCACGACAACUUGAAUUCAGCCAUAUUCCUCAUAUUCUUAUGCUAGCUGAGGGUCGUAGUCAUGGUUUUAAUGCUGAAGCUGAUGCUGAAGUGGUGUAUAUCAAAUAUAUCAAGGGUGUCAUCGAAUUUUUCCUGAAACAUGUCUGUAAUACUGGCUCAAAAUAA